AUGAAGCGUGGGCUAGGUGGUGUUCCACGACUCAGCUGGCUGGCCACCACCCGCGCCAGGUUACCACGGCGACACUCAUGUAUACGGCCGGCAAGAGUGGCUCAGAGUCAGUCAAGCUGGUGCAUUCGGGCUAGUAGCUCUUGGGAGAAACCAGGUAGAGCCGCGUUCGAUUUCCGAAGUGAUGUUGUGACAAGGCCAACUCCCUCCAUGCUGGAGGCUAUUGCCAAUACUUCAUUGUUAGAUGAUGAUUUUAUGGAAGAUCCUGCUACCAAUGCACUGCAAGAAUAUAUCGCUGAACUGACUGGCCAUGAAGACGGCCUGCUGGUCAUGUCUGGGACCAUGGGCAAUCAAGUUGCGCUAAGAACGCAUCUCACCCAGCCUCCAUAUGGGAUUCUCUGUGACUCCCGGGCGCAUAUUAUUCACUAUGAAGGGGGCGGAGCGACCACGUGGACUGGUGCGUAUCUCAAGGGCAUUGAGCCGACUAAUGGGAGAUACCUGGUUCUUGAAGACAUUGCGAAACACGCGGUAUUGGAGGAUGACUUCCAUGUCUGUCCAACUCGCGUCAUCAGUUUGGAAAAUACGUUGGAUGGUAUGGUAAUGCCAUUGGACGAAACUAAACGGAUUUGUAAUUGGGCGCACCACCACGGCUUGAAAGUCCACCUAGAUGGUGCAAGAUUGUGGGAAGCAGUUGCUGCCAGAGCAGGAAGUUUACAUGACUAUGCCCGCUUGUUUGAUAGUGUGAGCCUCUGCUUUUCUAAAGGUCUGGGGGCGCCAAUCGGUAGCAUACUGGUCGGCUCUGCAAAGUUCAAUAAAAAGGCUCGUUGGUUCCGCAAGUCAAUUGGGGGUGGGACGCGACAGUCCGGCAUCAUCGCAGCGGCUGCACGGGUCGCCGUAGAAGAAACAUUCGGCAGAGGCCCGUGUGGCGACGGCGGAAAACUGAAACCCAGCCAUGCGAAUGCAGCGAUCAUCGCGGACAUGUGGGUUUCCAAAGGAGGUAAACUUGUCAGUCCUACCGAAACCAAUAUGGUCUGGUUUGAUUUGGAGGCGGCUGGUAUCCUAGCGGCUGACUGGGAGGCACUCGGGCAGCAAGAAGGCCUGAAGCUGAUGGGCAACCGAUUGGUUGUGCACUAUCGUAUGUAUCAACCCUUUCCGUCGUGGGGCAAUACCUUAACAGUCAUCAUAGAAAUCAGCGACGCCGCAAUUGAAAGGCUCGACCGAGUCAUGGACGCGGCGCUGAAACAGAACCUUCCGCUGCAUACAGAAUAG